AGAACUCAUGCAAACGGACAAACGACAAACGUGAUAUGUAUUUGCGGAAAGCUGUGCAAGAAUCAUCGAGGCCUAAAAAUCCAUCAGGCCAGAAUGAAAUGCUUGGAGCGGGAAAGUGAGGUGCAACGCACAGGUCUUGAACCUGGUGAGACGCAGGAGGUGCCCGGCCAGGAGGCAACCCACAGAGCCCACUCCCUCCACGUACCAAAGCCUCCCAACCCCAGCAGAGUAGUUCCGCAGCAGCGGAUUAAGUGGCCCCCAGCCAGAAAACGGAGUGAGUGGUGCCAGUUUGAUGAGGAUGUGUCCAACAUCAUCCAAGCCGCAGCCAAAGGAGAUGCUGAGAGCCGACUCCAAACGAUGACUACCAUCAUAGUUAGCUAUGCUUCAGAAAGAUUUGGCCACAUAGAGAAAGGACAGACCAAGCAUACCCCCUACACCAAGAACCGCAGGGCUACUAAGAUACAUCACCUGCGUCAGGAGCUGCGUACCCUCAAGAAACACCACAAGAAAGCUACUGAGGAGGAAAAACAAUCAUUAUCAGAGCUGAAAAACAUUCUGCGAAAGCAGCUGAUGAGCCUACGCAGAGCUGAGUGGCACCGGAGACGGGGUAGAGAGAGAGCCAGGAAGCGUGCAGCCUUCAUCGCCAAUCCCUUCGGCUUCACAAAGAAACUGCUUGGGGACAAGCGUAGUGGUCAGCUUGAGUGCUCAACAGAGGAAGUGAACCAAUUCCUCCAGGACACAUUGAGCGAUCCCCUGAGAGAGCAAGAACUGGAGCCCAACAAAGCUCUAAUUAAGCCAGCCCCACCUACAAUUGAGUUCAAUCUGACGGAGCCAAGCCUGAAGGAGGUUGAGGAGAUCAUCAAGGCAGCUCGCUGGGCAUCUACCCCAGGCCCCAGUGGUGUACCUUACGUAGCAUAUAAACGCUGUCCACAACUUCUCAGACACCUGUGGAAGAUCCUAAGGGUGAUUUGGCGGAGAGGAAGAGUUCCUGACCAGUGGAGGUGGGCUGAGGGAGUGUGGAUCCCCAAAGAGGAGAACUCGAAAAACAUCAACCAGUUUCGAACCAUUUCGUUGCUGAGUGUUGAAGGGAAGGUGUUUUUCAGCAUCGUUUCACGCAGACUGACAGAGUUCCUCCUCAAAAAUGACUACAUCGACCCUUCGGUGCAGAAGGGGGGGAUUCCUGGAGCACCCGGCUGCUUGGAGCACACUGGUGUAUUUACACAACUCAUCAGAGAGGCACAUGAGAACAAAGGUGACCUAGGUGUUUUGUGGUUGGACCUGGCCAACGCCUAUGGAUCAAUUCCACACAAGCUGGUUGAGCUCGCCUUACACCUCCAUCAUGUUCCCAGUAAGAUCAAGGACCUGAUCGUGGAUUAUUACAAUAACUUCAGGAUGUGGGUCACUUCUGGUUCAGGAAAAUCUGACUGGCAUCGUAUUGGGAAAGGAAUAAUCACAGGCUGUACCAUCUCUGUUAUCCUUUUCGCUCUUGCCAUGAACAUGGUGGUUAAGGCAGCUGAGGUGGAAUGCAGAGGGCCCCUAACCAAGUCAGUUGUACGACAGCCCCCAAUAAGAGCCUAUAUGGAUGACCUUACCAUCACAACGUCAUCGGUCCCAGGGAGCAGGUGGAUCUUAAAAGGACUGGAGAAACUCAUCACCUGGGCAAGGAUGAGUUUUAAGCCUUCAAAGUCAAGGUCCAUGGUGCUGAAGAGGGGGAAAGUGGUUGACAAGUUCCGGUUUUCCAUCUCAGUGACGGCCAUCCCGACCAUCACAGAACAACCAGUUAAGAGUUUGGGGAAGUUUUUCGACUCAAGCCUAAAAGAUGCUGCUGCCAUCCAGAAGUCCAACAAAGAACUUGGAGUAUGGCUCACUAAGGUAGACAAGUCUGGUCUGCCGGGUAGAUUUAAAGCUUGGAUCUAUCAGCAUUCCAUCCUGCCUAGAGUCUUGUGGCCCUUGCUGGUCUAUGCAGUCCCAAUGACAACAGUAGAGUCCCUAGAAAAGAAGAUCAGUGGCUUUCUUCGGAGGUGGCUGGGCCUUCCAUGGUGUCUUACCAGCUCGGCGUUGUAUGGGACAAGUAAUGUCCUGCAAUUGCCCUUCAUUGGCCUCACAGAAGAAUUUAUGGUGGUCCUACAUUAUAGAGACUCCAGAGAUGGCAAGGUGUCAGCAGCGGGCAUUGAAGUGAGGACAGGAAGAAAAUGGAAGGCUGGAAAAGCAGUGGAGGAGGCAGAGUCACGUCUGAGACAAAAGGCACUGGUGGGCACCGUGGCAAUAGGCAGAGCGGGCUUGGGCUACCUCCCAAAGACUGUGGUCAGCCAGGCCCAUGGCAAGGAAAGACACCGUCUACUCCAAGAAGAGGUCAGAGCAGGUGUGGAGGAAGAGCGAGCGAGCAGGUUGACGGGUCUUCGGCAGCAGGGAGCAUGGACUAGGUGGGAGAGUACACUGCAGCGCAGGAUUAGCUGGGCAGACAUCUUGCAGGCAGACUUCCAUCGGGUCCGUUUCCUGGUACAAGCUGUCUAUGAUGUCCUGCCAAGCCCAGCAAACCUCCAUGUCUGGGGAAAGAGUGAAAUGCCAUCCUGCCUCCUUUGCUCUGGGAGGGGCUCAUUAGAACAUCUCCUUAGCACCUGCCCAAGAGCUCUGGCUGAUGGUCGCUACCGCUUGCGCCAGGUGCUUAAAGCACUUGCUGAGAGUUUAGCCUCAGCCAUAAAAGCCAGCAAAAACCAGCGCGCUCCAAAGAAGGUAGUACCCUUCAUCAAAGCUGGGGAGAAACCUCAGGUGCGAAAACAAUUACUGACAGGCCUUCUCCACAAAGCCUUGGACUGGCAGCUGCAGGUUGACCUAGAAAAACAGCUAAGGUUCCCUCAGCACAUUGUGAGAACAAAUCUCCGCGCAGAUAUGUUAUUAAUAUCGGAGACUUCAAAACAUCUGAUCAUGCUGGAACUCACGGUGCCCUGGGAAGAGCGCAUGGAGGAAGCAAACGAGAGGAAACGCGCUAAGUACCAGGAACUGGUUGAGGGGUGCAGGGAAAGAGGCUGGAAAACUUUCUAUGAGCCUGUAGAAGUUGGCUGUAGAGGCUUUGCGGGACGUUCCCUUUGUAAAGUCCUCUGCCAUUUAGGCAUCACAGGGGCGGCCAAAAAGAGGGCCAUUCAAUCUGUGUGCGAAGCCGCAAAGAAGGCCACGAGGUGGCUGUGGAUGAAGAGGGCUGAUCCGUGGUCUGCUGCUGGGACGCAAGUCGGGGUCUGAUCAACCCCGGCUGGGUCGCCUGGGUGAGGGUGUAUGAUGUUGUGAGACCCGAAACACCCGAUGACCUCAGGAUACAUCACUGAGGAUGCGUCCCAGUGCAUCCAUGAGAUGUUUCAUGUACAAUUCAGAAUAUUCAGCAACUGCCUGUCUAAUGUUACAAAGAGGCUGCUUAUAAAGUUGUACAGUGGAUUCACGUUUAUUAUUAUCUAUGCAAAAUGUCAUUUUUAUUACCAGAAUUUUGUUUUGUUUUGUUUUAUCCAUUACACCUUUGGACAAGGCUGAAGCUGGUGUCUGAUUUUUUAAGCUUCCACUUUGACAUCAAAAGUAAAAAAAAAAAAAAAAAUCGUACAGCCUGGUCGGUGAAAUAUUGUCUGAUAUUACACUGGACUGUGACCUCAAAAAGGUUGGAGACCACUGGACUAGAUGCAGAAACUUGGCUUCCUAUUUUUUAUGUGAAAUCUUUUAAACACAAGUACCCAAGAAGGGUUAAGCUGGUAUUUUAUUAAAGUAAAUUUAUGUCACAAAGCAAUUGAGUACACUUCUACAUCCUUAAGUCUUGAAAAUGGUAUGUUUUUUUUGCACCGGCUCUAUUGAAAUUUCUGAAAAGUGCGACGCCACAUUAAGACUGCAGGAAACACCCACUGCAGAGAUGGAAACAUGUGAAGAGUCCGUUUCUGAGCUGCAGAACAGGCUGCUCUCUGUGAAACUCAUCAAGUGAAUUUGUUUUUAACCCUUGACUGCACAGGUUUGGAGGGAAUGGCGUCUGCGCCUCUGCAGGCCGUCUCAUUGGCCCUUUGGGAGGUGACUGACAGACUCUGAGGCCGGGCUGUGAUUGGCUGCUGAAACCUCCUGAUCUGUCUCCACCAGUCCUCGCCGGUGAGGUGACAUGCUUGCAAAAUCAAUGUUAUCAAUCUGUCCUCGCAAUCGGUGGAGGCAGCUCUAAUGGGAGUUUUGCAGCAGGAUAAAAUCCUCCUGUCUGUCUUCAGGAAAAAAUGAACAAAUUUUACCUGCCUGGACUCGAUUCUGACUUAUUGCAGACGAGAUUUGAAAUUUCUGGAUUAAGGUAAUUGAUCAAAAGAUUUAGCAAAUCAUAUUUUCAGCCAUUAGUACUGAAACAUUAAGUGAAUUUGGAGCACAUCUGCAAAUUAAGGAUAUUAAUGGUUCCACUAUGUCUCCUUUAGAGAAAAGUUUUCCAAUUUUAUAAUAACUCAAUUUAAUUCCCACCUCUGGAGAACACAAUGAGAUUUUUUCUUCAAAUAAACCAACUUUUUGCAUUUUUUGUCCAAACAGGGAGUUCUAACCUGCUCAUGCUCUGUCCAGGAGAUGCUAGAGAAGGCGGAUCGGAUAAAUAGAUCAUUACAGAGUCUGCAGGAAACAGGUUCUGUAUGUCCAUAAGGAUUAUCUUCAUAUUAAUUUGAGAAUGGCAAAGGAGUCGUUCCUUUUUCUGAAGUUGUACAAAGCAGCAGGUGAUGUCUAGACCAAAACGUUUGUAGACAUUUUGAAAACUAUCGUAUUUUCUAAACUUGAGGUCAUUAUAUGCCUUCAUCUUUUUCAAAAAAAACUGUCUGCUUUAUAUUCCAAACCGUCUUAAAUAUUGAUGAAUUCUGCUUGUGUUUACUGAUGUUGAAGCGAUUUUGAGAAGCACACGGUGCUCUGUCAGAAUAUCCCACUGUUUUUUUCAGAGUUGCAAACAAGGUUGGGUGUUAUUGUGAACACGCUAACGCAGCUAACAUGUAGCGUAUUGGAAUAGUCACAAUAAUGAUUGUUUUAGUCUGUUUUCUACAGGUUGCAAACAAGGUUUGGAGUUAGAGGUGUGAGCACGCUAACGUGGCUAACACCUCUAACGAGGCUAACAUGCAGCGUGGCACAAAAUAAAACUCUAGAAUGACUGUGAACGCAGUUGAUGAAGUCUGACUGACGUACUUAUCUGUUACCCCUUCUUCUUGGCUUUGCAUCUUAUAUAUGACAUCAAUUCAAAAAAGUAGUCAAUUCAUUGACAGUAUGCUUUAUAAUUUUGGGUGCCCUGUGGUGCAGGUAAUACGGGAACCAAUUUCUCAAUAACAUCCUGAUUAUCAGAGUUUACCGACUCACAUUCAGAAAGUUUUUCUUGUCAUUUAUACCAUGGUCAGGGGGAAUACUUGAUCUGAUUGGCUGCUGGGUGUGACUUAAAAAGGAAUGGACAGUGAAGAUGUAAUCCUAAAAAGGAAGUUCCGGUCACAAUUGUUCUAUAUCACUGCGCUGGCUUCUUUAAAACAAACCUUUUGUUUCAUCAUCUGGACAAAAACAAGAGGUGACCUUUACCUCUGAGCUGAUGCUUUAUUUACCCUAUUGUUAGACUACUUGUCUUUGCUAUACUCAUCCUGUAACACCUGCUAGGGGAACAGUACAAACGGGAUGAGCAAAGUGUGAACAUAAUACCUAAUUCUUUAGGCCUUAGUAUAUAUGAAAAGUAGAUACAGCAUUCAGGAAAUUUGAAUCGUCAACACUUUUUCCAUUUACUAUCAACUAUGAAGACCGAGUUUAGCUUUUUACUAGUUUGGAGCAAUCCAGUGUGUAACAAAGUGUCAAAGAAAAAGCAGAGGAGGAGCAAUUUCUUUCUGCACAUGGCUUAUGAGCAUGCAGUAAAAACAUUUUACUGUCAAAAAUCGUAUUUAUAAAGCAGAUUUGAAUCUUUUCAGAUGUGGAUGUUUCAGAUUUAUCCAUGAAAUGUUUGAGUUCGCUACAUACAAAUUAAAAAACUUCAAAAAGUUGAAAUGUUUAUUUCCGUUCAGGGUCACAAUGGGUUAAAAUGAGUUAUCACAGUGGCUUUUGGCCUCAGACUUUUUUCCUUUCUUGCCUGAAGGUCACAUGCAUUAAAAGUAUGUCAUUAUACAAUUUUUACCAAGUAUGUAAAAAAAAUCUAUUUUUGCUACGAAAACAAAAUGUUAUCUGACAGCUUGAGAUAAAAUUAAAAAAUUCAGUAGAUUUUUUUGCUGCACUAGAUUUUCCUCCGGUAUUAUCAACUGGUGGUUUGUGUGAUGCAGUAAAACAACCAAAAAGCCCUAAAGAGAUCUGAAAAUCAGCAGAUGAGUCAGGUCAUCACCACUAUGCACCAGUAUGCAAGAAAAAAUGGAAACAAAAAAAAAAAAGUCAGGACUCCUCAGCAACACAUAAAAUAUUUCUGUCUGUUCUGAAACUUGAAGACAACUUUUCUAAAAAUCUCAAUCAUUGUCCAUAAUGCUUUUUUUCAAACAUUAACACGGAUGGGACCAAGAAAAAAGCUCUAUUUCACAACAAACUUCAUCUUAUUAAAAACCUUAUUAAUGCAAAGUCCUGACAGCUGAAGGCAAGCAUGGUGAAAAUGCAACAACAACACAGCAAGCCGAAGAGGAAGAGCACGUUGAAAGCAGAAGAAGAUUUGUUGUUGCUGGAAGCGAUAACUGAACAAAGAAAAAAAAAUGUUUGCCCUUUCCUUCCUUUUUUCCAUAUAAAGAUUUAUUUAGAAAAAUCAGAAAAAAGUACAUACAACUGUCUCAAAAUAAGGAGAAACCCUGCAAGAAUGAGGUUUUGUGCAGCAGGAUCUACGGUGGGAUUUUGUCACUCUACAAUUCAGUAUCAUUAUCAAUUAGACCUUCACUUUGAGCCAAUAGCUGCACCGCCCGCCUUUUUCUCAGCCUGGCUUUAAAUUAAUGGAUUGUUGACAUUGACUGUAUGCAAAAAUGGAAUGAGGGAGUGGGAUGUCAUCCACAGAAAAUGAUUUUUUUCUGGAUCCAACGAAAUUGAGACAAUUCAGUCGCAUCUUUUAGGAUUAUCAAAAACAUGUAAAGAAAAGUAUCAGAUCAAGAAUGGUUAUUCUCAGAAGAGACUUCUUUGAAGGGUCAGGGUUAAUUAAACCACCAGAACGCUGAAGCCUGUAUGUCCAUAAACGAUGUUGGAAACCGCUUAAGCUACGUUCCCUCCAAACAUGAUCAGAGGUGUGUCAUGGUGCCUCUGUCAGACUCCUUCCCCCUCUCCUCUCCGCUUGGUUCCUGAUUAUCCCCAGCUGCUUCCACUCACCUCAUCGACACACCUGCCUUCUUAAGGAGCUCCAGGAUCUUCAUUCAACGCCAGUCCGUUGCCCCUGAUGGUGCAUAUUUGGCCUCACGUCAAGUUCAUGCUUUGUUGCCUUGCCUUAAGCCAAGUAGUUAACAUAUGCUGUCUUACCUGUCUCCAGGAAACCUCAGCCACGAGUGGUCACCCACAGCAGCCGUAAUCCGGACUCCUCUACUGGUCUGUUCCCUUCAUCCUCACCACGAGCCUCUGCCGAACCAGCUGCCUCACGAGACGGACUCACGCUGCCGACUCCAGACCCGAACGAGCAGUUCCACCAGUGACGCCACGAGCCGCAGUUACAUUCUCGGACCUCCAGUAACAGAUACCUACCUGUCUGGCCCUCAUAUUAAAUCUACCUUCUCGCCAAGACAUCUCUGUCCUGUGUCUCAUUCCGGGUUUCAGCAUCUGGGUCUCAGUCGUUCUAUAGUCAUGACAGAACGGACUGGCCAUAAUCCCGACCCAGCUGACCCGGAGGGACUCAGAUUAGCCGUAUCCCAGCAAGGCAUAUUGCUUGGUCGCCAGGCCGACGCCCUAUCCCAGAUGGCCGCGGCCCAACAGGACCUUUUUCACCGCCUGGACGGUUUGACACAGACAUUGAACAAUUUAACCGGACAUUUUUCCCAUGUUCCAACAGAUACGGCUCAAGCUACGGCUAACUCGGCUACUUCCGUUUCCGGAUCACCCUCCGCUCACGAAAACAUCCGGCUGCAACCGGAACCAUUUACUGGUGACGUUGAAGCCUGCGGAGGAUUCCUCCUCCAAUGCGAGCUGAUUUACCAACAAGCCCCCCGUCAUUAUCAGUCGGAUCACAGUAAAAUAUCACUGAUCGUCAACUCUCUACGCAAUAAAGCCCUCCAGUGGGCCCAGGCUUUCCUCUCCUCCAAUCCCAUAAGCCACCUCACUUAUGAACGUUUCCUCAGAGAGUUCCAGUUAAUUUUCGACCAACCACGCAAACAGGACGAAGCAACCCGUCGGUUACUCGCGCUCAGGCAGCGUAACCGCUCGGUGAGUGAACACGUUAUAGAUUUCCGUAUUCUGGCGGUCGAGGCAGGCUGGCCCGACGCAGCUUUGAAGGGGAUCUUUUACCAGUCUUUAAAUGAACAAAUUAAGGAUCAUCUGUGUUCUCAACCCGAAGCCCGGUCAUUUGAGGAACUGGUUUCUGCGGCACUCCGCUCUGAUGUUCGCCUGCGGGAGCGUCAAAGGGAACGAGGGCCCGUUUUCCAGCGUGCCGCAACCACCACAUCCUCCAACUUCUCACACGCUGUUCACGCCACCCCUCUCGACUCCCUCAGCCCCUCUAGACCUCCAGACGAGCCUAUGCAGGUUGGACACUCUCGACUGUCUGAAGAGGAACGCCGCAGACGGCGCAUGGAGGGGGCCUGUUUCUAUUGCGGAGCAAAGGGCCACAUUGUCAUCUCCUGCCCGCUUCGUUUAAACACCCGAACCCCUCGCUAGGAGACAGGCUGCGAGGGGUAACAAACAUCUACCUGGCCGAACCCCUGGAGAACCCCAUCGAGGCUUCCGGUUUAGGCGGUCAACUCUUAUCCCGCAUCACCCACCGCACCAAACCCAUCCUGCUCAUUACUUCUGGCAACCAUCGAAACCUCAGCCACGAGUGGUCACCCACAGCAGCCGUAAUCCGGACUCCUCUACUGGUCUGUUCCCUUCAUCCUCACCACGAGCCUCUGCCGAACCAGCUGCCUCACGAGACGGACUCACGCUGCCGACUCCAGACCCGAACGAGCAGUUCCACCAGUGACGCCACGAGCCGCAGUUACAUUCUCGGACCUCCAGUAACAGAUACCUACCUGUCUGGCCCUCAUAUUAAAUCUACCUUCUCGCCAAGA